GCUCGCAACCUUCGUCAGUGAACGAUACCCUUGAGGCGUUCAGAGUCCGAGUUGGAUAAGGACGUAAUUAUAUUCCGUAACAAAACAGCAAGCCAAUUUGAUUUCCCGAUUAGCAGUCACUUUUUGAACUUCAAUUAGAGUUGAGUGGGAGGCUAUAUCAAUGUUCCAUUCAGGCUGUUUGGAAAUGGUGAGUAGCUGUAAAUGUAAACAGCGCAGUAAUUAGCGUAAAUGAAUAUUGGUAAGGACUGUUUCAACUCCAAUUCAUGCAGCUACAGUGGAAAAUACUGUGGUAAGUAAGCAAGGAGAGAUGAUAAAUUUGACUGUUUUUAAACCAUACACUUUGUUUUUUACAAUGUGACUCAAGUUGGUAAUUAUGUUUUUGGUUGUAUUGUGUUAUUUGAGCCAAAUAAUUCGAUUGAAAAGCUUUCAUUCGGAUUCUGGACGUCAUCGCCCUUUGCCCUAUGCAGAUGUGAGCUAUUUACAUAUUCAACAUCAGCUCUUUCUAAUAAACUUGUUUGUAAAUAUUUGUCUUUGGGUGCAUUUUCAGCCUCAUUUGUUUUUGUAUGUUUAACAUUUUUUUCUGAAUACGUCUAGUACUUAGGUGUACCUGUAGGUAAUCGUUUAACUUUGAAUUCUUAUCAACAUUUAUAACUGUGCUUUUGAUGACGAAAGUUGUUCUAUAUUAACAUGUGACGUGAAGGAUCUGUUUGGUUCUUUUACUUGUACAACUGAAUCGUAUUUACUGAACCAAUGUGGACCAUUAAAUAUGUACACAUAUCGAAUGACUUGUGAAAUAUCUAUAUAUGUUCUUGUUAAAAUUUAUUUUCAAAUUACUGUAUUAAGAAGAUGAUUUAUAUCUCCAUUAAAAGUAGGCUUUUUACCAUGUGAAAUAUGAUUUUGAAUAUACUUCCAAUGGUGCUCCAGUUUCCUACUUUGUAUAUACAUGGAUCUGUGGUUACUCGGAAUUAGUGCUACUGUUGGUACUGUUUUCAUUCUAACGAUGCGGUGGUUAGCUAGAAGAAAAACGGUACUUUGCAAUUGUUUGUCCCCUGUUGGCCAACAUGCAGUCAUCACUGGUGCUAGUUCCGGUAUUGGUCGCGCAACUGCAUUUGAAUUGGCCAAAAGGAAUUGGAAACUUACGUUAGGUUGCAGAAAUAUGAACGCUGCCAUUAAGGUUAAAGAAGAAAUUACAUCUCUCACUGGUAAUCAUAACAUUUCUGUUAGACUUUUGGACUUGGAGAAUCCACAAACGAUUAAGGAGUUUGUACAAUUUUUACCUUUACCUGUUCAUGUUUUGAUCAAUAACGCCGGUGCGUUUCCUAAGAUUCUUCGUCCUGCUAUAUAUUACCAAGAUAUCAAUGUUACUUUGGCUACUAAUUAUGUUGGACAUUUUUUCUUGACUUCACUGCUUUUACCUUACCUUCGAAAAUCAUAUCAUGAAACAUCUAUUUAUCCUCGUGUGAUUGUUGUAAGCUCCUCUUUAUCCAAAAAGGGAACGUUCUCGACAGAAAAUUUGUUUCAACCGUACAAUACUACAUCAGAUUUAAAUUCUAGCAAAGCUUAUUGUGAUUCUAAACUGGCUUGCAAUUUAUUUUCACGCGAACUUCAUCAGAGGUAUGGUUCAGGUGACAAUAAAAUACUUGAUGUUUAUUGUUUAUUUACCGGAGGGAUGGUAAAUACUAAUUUAUUUCGAAAUACUUUGAUAAAAUAUUCACCACUCACUCAGCGUUUCAUCCGUGGUUUAAUGCAACUACUUUUGAAAUCUCCUUCAGAGGGUUGCCAAACGAUUGUUCAUUGUGCAGUUAGUGAUCAAGUUCCUAUCCAUCAUAAUAAUUAUGCUCAAUCGAUUUUAACUGAGACAUCUGGUAGCGGUAUGCUAUAUAACAAUUGUACAGCUAUUGAUUGGCCUGCUAAUUCACACGAUCUUCAUCUAGCUAGUCAACUUUGGGAUUAUACAACAGAUUUCUUAAAACUAUCAGUCAAUAAUAAUGCAUAAAUCAUUCACUUUUAUGUACAAUUACGUAUUUAUCUGUAUUAUAUACAAUGAACUCAGUGUAUUUUCAUCAAAUUCCAAUUAGCUAAUUAUCACUUAGCAUUUACGAUGAACAGAAGCAAACUACAAAAUGACAGCCGAACAAUUAAUAUUAUGAAUGUAACAAGUUUUUAGAAUUUCUUUAAAAAUAUAGUACAACUCUUCCUAACAG